AUGGACCCAGAAGUGCCUACAACAUCAGCCCCGAAUCUAACAAUGGGUAACACUGCCGAUGUGUCUAUCUGGGCAUCUAUAGAUGUGGUGAUGAAAUCCCCAAAGAGAUAUGACUACGCCAGCAAUGCGGAGCCCAGGUUCAGCUCAAAAAGGGUGUAUAUGUCAUGUUCAACUUCAAAUUCUUCUGAAGUCGACGUGGAAUUGCCAACAACUAAUGUUGCUAUUCCAAUUCCGGAAAAUGCGGAUGUUCCAAUUCCGGAAAAUGCGGAUGUUCCAAUCUCUCAAUCACAAUUUCAAAGAAUUGACCUUGAUUCUUUGGAUUAUGAUCCCGGAACACGCAAACAAAUAUGGGAAUAUCAUGUUAAUCAACGUGAUGAAAUUCGACGGGCUUACAUUAAAAAAGGUCCGCACCAACCUCCUCUAGAGACAUUCAAAAAAAGUGGAAAGCAGAAUCGUAGUUUUCAAGCUUCUUGGUAUAGAAAUAAUUCAAAAUGGCUUGAAUAUUCUCCUACAACAGAUGCAGCUUAUUGUCUACCCUGCUUUGUCUUUCAUAAUCCAAAUGUGGUUGUGGGACAAAAUACAUUUAUUGUUGGUGGAUUUAGAAAUUGGAAAAAGGUUGGGGGCAAAGAUUGUUCUUUUCAAGUUCAUAUAGGAAAAGAUCCUAACUCAGCUCAUAGAGUUGCUGAGCAAAUGUGUAAGGAUUUGAUGAACCAAUCGCAGCAUUUGCAAAGAGUAGUUGAUCAUUUCACUACUGAACAAAUUGCAAAUAAUCGGUUGCAAUUGAAGGCCACAAUUUUUAUUGUGCGAUAUCUUGCCUUUCAAGCUAUAGCUUUUAGAGGUCGAGAUGAAAGUUUUAGUUCAUUAAAUCGUGGGAACUUUCAUGAAUCAUUGGGUAUUGUGACUUUUUGGAAUGAGAAGGUUGCUGAAAUAAUAGAAAAAGCUCCAAAAAAUGCAACCUACACAUCACCUAGGAUUCAAAAGGAAAUUCUACAUGUUUUCUCAGCUAAAGUGAAGAAGGCCAUUCGGGAAGAAAUUGGUGAUGCAAAGUUUUGCAUAAUGGUUGAUGAAGCUCGUGAUGAGUCCAUGAAAGAGCAAAUGGCUGUGGUGUUUAGAUAUGUUGAUGCAGAAGGCUUUGUGAAAGAACGCUUUUUUGGGCUUAUUCAUGUUGUUGACACUGCAGCUUUGACUCUAAAGAAGGGGAUAUAUUCUUUGUUAUCUCAAUAUUGCUUAGAUAUACAAAAUAUUCGAGGGCAAGGAUAUGAUGGAGCAAGCAACAUGCGAGGUAUGUGGAAUGGAUUACAAGCUUUGAUUUUGAAUGAUUGCCCAUAUGCUUACUAUAUCCAUUGUUUUGCACAUCGCUUACAAUUGGCAUUAGUAAAAGCAUCAAAACAAGUUGUUCCCAUUAGUCAUUUUUUUCUUACAUUGCUUUUUCUGAUCAAAAUUGUUAGUGCUUCAUGCAAGCGCAAUGAGCAAUUGAAAGUUGCCAAUGCUAAUGAAAUAGCACGUUUGAUUGAUCUUGAAGAGCUUGAGACUGGAAGUGGACUUAAUCAAAUUGGCACUUUACAACGACCUGGAGAAACACGUUGGAGUUCACAUUUUAGAUCAGUUUCUAGCUUAUUAAGGAUGUUUAGUUCAACUGUUGAAGUUUUACAAAAUAUAAUCGAUGGUGCAAUUGAUGGAGAAAAUCGGGCAGAAGGAGAGUCAGCUUAUGAAGGUUUAACUUCAUUUGAAUUUGUUUUCAUCUUGCAUCUUGAGAAGGAAACUAUGGAGAUCACUGAUAAACUUUGUCAAGCUUUGCAAAGCCAAUCUCAAGACAUUUUAAAUGCUAUGCAUUUAGUUUCAUCUACUAAAGCACUUAUCCAAAAAUUUAGAGAUGAUGGAUGGGAUGGCUUACUCACCACUGUGAUAUCAUUUUGUGAGAAGCAUCGCAUUGAUGUCCUGGAUAUGAAUGCUCGUUAUGUUGCGAGGCGAGGUCGAGCUCGUAAUCAACCAGAUAACGUUACAAAUGAGCAUCAUUAUCGAGUAAAUAUUUUUUAUGCUACAAUAGAUUCUCAACUACAGGAACUAAAUUAUCGGUUUAAUGAAGAUGCAAUGGAGUUGCUUAGGCUUAGCUCAGCUUUAGAACCUCGAGAGGCAUUAAAAUCUUUCAGAAUUAGUGAUCUUUGUUUGUUGGUAAAGAAUUUCUAUCCACAAGAUUUCACAGAUUAUGACAAACAAGUGUUGGAGAAGGAGCUUUAUCAUUUUGAGCAUAAUGUAGUCCAAGAUCCAGAGUUCAAAAAAUUGAAAAGUUUAUCUGAGUUGUCUCAAUGGUUAGUGAGAACUGGAAAUUCAGAACACUACAAACUUGUUUAUAGAAUGGUGAUACUUGUGCUUACUCUUCCAGUUUCUACUGCUACUACAGAGCGAGCAUUUUCAGCUAUGAAACUUGUCAAAACUGAACUUCGAAACAAAAUGGAAGAUGACUUUUUGAAUGACUCUUUGAUGUUAUACAUUGAAAAGGAUAUAGCUUCGACAUUUAGUUUGGAUUCAAUAGUAGAUGAUUUUGAAGAUUUGAAAGAGCGUCGAGUUCCCUUUUCAUAGAUGAUUGUAUAAAGAAACAAUA